ACUAUCCAGCUCCAGCAUUCCAGUGGCUUUAUUUGUAAAGGUUAAACAAGGAUAGGUUUUGUGUACGUUAUUUGGUCAUUUUUACUUUAAUCAUAAUUUUAAAGAUCUUAUGGCUUGAAAGUGAUUUUUAUGAAAAGAUAAAAAUGUCAGUUACUUUUGGGCAAUUAGUCAUCGGCCCACCGGGUACAGGCAAGUCGACAUACUGUCAUGAGAUGUCCAAAUUCUUGGCCCAGGUAGGCAGAAAAGUGUCAAUCGUCAAUUUAGACCCGGCAAAUGAAAAAUGCCUGUACAAGGCAGACGUCGAUGUAAACGAGUUGAUCACUGUGGAAGACGUUAUGUCUCAUAAAAAGCUCGGUCCGAAUGGUGCUCUCCUCUACUCGUUCGAGUACCUCGAAGAGAACAUACAAUGGCUCUUGGAUCAGCUGAAAGACAUUAAGGGCACAUAUGUCAUGAUAGACUGCCCAGGCCAGAUAGAACUUUACACUCACCAUGAGUCAAUUAGAAAUAUUAUAAAUAGGCUGAAAUUGGAUGGGUUCAAUCUUUGCGCUGUGUAUCUACUCGAUGCGCAUUAUUGCAACGAGCCUGGGAAAUUUGUUUCAAGCCUGAUGCUCACUCUUUCGACAAUGCUACACAUUGAACUGCCCCACAUCAACGUACUGACGAAAGUGGAUCUUAUGGCCAAGUUUGCGGAAAAACUGCCAUUCGGGCUUGAUUACUACACGGAUGUCUUGGACUUGAAAUAUAUCUUAGAGUACCUGGAAGAAGAGUGCGGCUCUACUAGAAUGAAGUUUCAUAAAUUCAAUGAAGCUUUGAGCGACCUUAUCGAAAACUAUGGGCUUGUUUCUUUCUUACCGUUAAAUAUCGUGGACAAACGUAUGAUGAACAAUAUAAAAAACAGUUUUGACAAAGCCAACGGCUACAUUUACCAUUCUAAGGAGCAAAGGCAUGUCCAGACUCUACUGGCAUGUGCUGUCGGCGCACAAACUGAAAAUGAAAGAAUCGGACUGGACAGGGAUCUUUAUACGACAACAGAUUAUCAAGAUACAAAUGAACCUUGAAAUCUAACAUUAGUUUGAAAAUAUAUAUUUUUUUACCA